GGGUGUUGUUCUCCGUCCGCGCCACGGUGUCUCCUGAGGCGAGGGAGCGGGAAGAGAAGCGGAGAGAAGCAGCCGCCCCGCUUCGCUUCGGUAGCCGACCCGAUCGCCGCGGCCAGGCCCCCCGCAUGCAGUCCUCACCCUGGAGCGGCGGCGGCGGCGGAUCGAGGAGCUCUCGCGAUCCUCCCGGCAGAGGCUGCUCCAGUCCAGGGACAGGAUGUUCUCCAAGUUCACCUCCAUCCUGCAGCACGCCGUGGAGGCGCUUGCACCAUCCCUUCCUUUGCAAGAAGACUUUGUUUUCCACUGGAAGGCAAUUACUCAUUACUACAUAGAGACAUCAGAUGACAAAGCUCCUGUGACUGAUACCAACAUUCCCUCUCACCUGGAGCAGAUGUUGGAUAUUUUAGUUCAGGAAGAAAAUGAGAGGGAGUCUGGUGAAACAGGACCUUGUAUGGAAUAUCUACUGCAUCACAAGAUCUUAGAGACUUUGUACACCUUGGGCAAGGCUGAUUGUCCUCCAGGCAUGAAACAGCAGGUUUUAUCCUUUUAUACAAAGCUGCUGGGAAGAAUACAACAGCCUCUUCUCCCACACAUAAAUGUACACAGACCUGUGCAGAAAUUAAUCAGACUUUGUGGGGAAGUUCUGGCAACACCCACAGAAAAUGAAGAAAUCCAGUUCCUCUGUACAGUGUGUGCAAAGCUGAAACAAGAUCCAUACUUGGUCAACUUCUUCCUUGAGGUGAUACAAGACCCUGUCCUACAUACUUCCAGGAGGCAGAGCAAGCUAAAGGGGCUGGCUUCAAAAGGCACAGCAAGCUUAAUUACAGCAGACAUGCUAAAAGGCCAAGAUUCCGUGGUGACAGAUACAGGACAGUCUGUUCAGCCUGGAGAGACAUCAAGUGAAGCAGAUCAAGCAGAGAGAGCAAAUGACCUUCCUCAGCAGGCAGAUGACCUGUCCACAAGUCUAGAUGAAUUAAACGUCCCUUUGCCCCCUGAGGCUUUGGCUGCCCGUCCACAUGGGGACUAUAAUUUGGUGGAUUCUCUACUCAAUCUCACCAAAAGUCCGGAUGGCCGGAUAGCUGUGAAAGCUUGUGAAGGUCUCAUGCUCCUAGUGAGUUUGCCCGAGCCAGCCGCUGCCAAAUGCUUAGCAGAGAGUACAUGCUUGUGUGAACUGUUGACGGACAGGUUGGCCUCUCUCUACAAAGCCCUCCCUCAGUCGAUGGAUCCUUUAGAUAUUGAAACAGUGGAAGGAGUUAACUGGGGCUUGGAUUCCUACAGCCAUAAAGAAGAUGCAUCUGCUUUUCCAGGAAAAAGAGCCCUGAUUUCAUUUCUAUCCUGGUUUGAUUACUGUGAUCAACUCAUUAAGGAAGCUCACAAGACAACAGCUGUUGCCAUGGCAAGCUCGGUGCGAGAACGUUUUUUUGUUGGCGUAAUGGAACCCCAGCUAAUGCAAACUUCAGAGAUGGGGAUUCUCACGUCAACGGCCCUGUUGCAUCGUAUGGUUCGCCAAGUCACUUCAGAUGCUUUAGUACACGAAAUGGUCCGUUUUAUCCUUGGGGAGCAAAGGGAGCCAGAAAAACUAACAGACAUCAACAGGCACCCAUUGCGACAUCGCCUAAUUGAACACUGUGAUCACAUUUCAGAUGAGAUCAGCAUAAUGACACUCAGAAUGUUUGAGCACCUUUUGCAAAAACCUGAUGAGCACAUUCUUUAUAACUUGGUUCUUAGAAAUUUAGAGGAGAGGAACUAUACAGAAUAUAAACCAGCCUGUCAAGAAGAUAAAGAUGUGGUGGAGAAUGGCCAAAUAGCAGGAGCUGUAGAUCUAGAAGAAGAUCCGUUAUUUACGGAUAUUUCUCCUGAUACCAUGUUGUCAAACCAAGAGUGGCUCACUGCUUCUCCACCUGUCAGCCCAGAUCAUCCAAAAAAUGAUGGGAAGACGGAAGUUCAUAAAAUUGUAAAUAGUUUUCUCUGUCUUGUACCGGAUGAAGCCAAAUCUUCCUACCAUGUGGAGGGCACAGGGUAUGAUACCUACCUCAGAGAUGCCCAUAGACAAUUCCGAGAUUAUUGCGCCAUAUGCUUACGAUGGGAAUGGCCGGGCUCUCCCACGCCCUUGGAAAAGUGCAAUUUAGAAGCUCCAUUCUUCGAAGGAUUCUUCCUAAAAGUUCUGUUUGAUAGAAUGGGCAGAAUUCUCGAUCAGCCAUAUGAUGUCAAUUUACAAGUCACGUCUGUGUUGUCCAAGCUCGCCUUGUUUCCUCAUCCACACAUCCAUGAAUACCUUUUGGAUCCCUAUGUAAAUCUAGCCUCUGGGUGCCGCUCUCUUUUUUCAGUCAUUGUCAGGGUUGUUGCAGAUCUCAUGGUGAGGAUCCAGCGCAUACCCGACUUCACACCUAAAUUGCUGCUGGUCAGGAAGCGUCUCCUUGGCUUAGAACCUGAAGGGCCCAUUGUUGACCACAUGACAUUACUAGAAGGUGUCAUUGUAUUGGAAGAAUUUUGUAAAGAGCUGGCUGCAAUCGCAUUUGUGAAAUACCAUGCCUCGUCCACGCCAUAAGAAGCUGCUCUGAGCAUCCUGGCUACGAGAUUCAAGCAGAAAAGACUGCUAACCUCCCAGGCAGGAGAACGAAAAACAAAGCCUUGGCAUUCAUUUGGAGGACUCAUAUGGGACACCUUCAAAUUGAAAUACUAAAUUCAUUGUAGUGACCAUAUGGGAGAGGAAAAUGGAUGUUCAGCCUACAACGCAAUCAAUGGGAUAUCACAGAUCACAAGAAGCUCAAAGAGCUGCACACAUGAAGACUUAAGUUUAAAGGUUUUCUUAUUUUAAUAACCUUCUAGGAGGUAGGAGUUUUUAUAUACUUUAGGGUUCCUAGGCUUUUAAAAAAAUACAUUUGUUUCAUAGCUGUGUGUUUUAUCCAUUUAAAUGAAAACCAGUAAGUGAUUAAAGCAUUGUAAAGUAUUUAAAUAAGAAGUUGUAAAUGCACACACAGCUUAACAAAUCAUUUUUCUUUGUGUAUCUUUCAUGUUGAGUCCUGUUCAUUGUGAUGUUCCAGUGGAUCACUGAUUAUUAUUAUUUUGUUACACACAAAAACAGGUGACCACAAGUAUACUCAAGUAUUGGUUUUCCUUGAAUCCUUGCUUAUUCUCAUUUGUUAUGCCGUAUAACUUUAUUUGCCUUCUAUUUUGUUUUGGAGCCCUGGAUUAUUUGAUCCAAAUGCCCGUUUACAAAAAUGCUAGUAUUACAGGUCACUUUAUAGGGCUUUUAAGAUUCUUUUUAUGAUUAGUUGGCUGAAGAGUAUCCUGUGCCUUGAUUAUUGGCAGUAUCAUUGUUUUGUGCUUUUCAGAUAUGUUAUUACUUGGCUAAUUUGAAUGACUGAAGCGUCCAAGCCAAUGGACAGCUGGGUCUGAUAACCAAUUGUCAUAGGGUAUAUAGGCUGAAAUUCUCUGCAGGUUGUUGCAUGCUUAGGCUUCAGUUUUGUGAUCUUACUGUUUGCAACAGGGAUCCAUUAUAAGCCAAGGAGAAAGCAAGAUCCCUUCAUUUUGCCAUAGUCAUAAAAUAGAGUCCCUUGCCAGACAAUCUGAGCUAGAAUAUGAGUAAGAGGAAGGAGCAGUUGAACCACCUCAUUCUGCCAGUGGUCUCUUUCUUUCUUUCUUUCUUUCUUUCUUUCUUUCUUUCUUUCUUUCUUUCUUUCUUCUGACUCAUCUCUGCCAGUUCUUCAUAGGCUGAAAACUCCAAACCAACAUGUUGUCUACCCUGGAUUUAAUAUAGUUUUUCUAUAAUCUUUUUGUUCCCAGUAGAAAACAGGGAGAGGCAGAUAUGGGGUGGGAGUGCCCUUUCUCACCCAUUUGCCGUUAACUGACAUAAUGCUAUGGUAUUAACAACACAUAAUUUGGUUCCUAAACAGUUGUUCUGUUUAUCUCAUUCUUGGGUAUUCAGUGUAAUUUUUACAGGCUCAUAAUCUUUUAACACAAUUGCUGCCCGCUUCAGAUAUUAUCAGGGUUGAUGUAAAUGUGGUUGAAUUUUGCUCCAGUGAUGUAAACUCUAGUUUGUACCACAGGAAGUUCUGUCGAUACAGAAACUUGCUGAGCAUGAAGGAGAAGUGUUGGAAAGUGGGAUAAUUUAGUUAUAUCAGCAGGCCUCUGUGGUAGAAACACAAACAUCAAAAAUUGUGGAGCAAAAUUUUGAGCUGCCUUUAUUAUAAAUGAGAUAUGGCCAAGGAGCUGCCUGACAGAGUAUAUUCAUCUGUACUCUCUGAUCAAGAUAUUUGCCUCACUAGUUGAAUAAUAGCACAUUGAUUUUUUAAAUGUUUUUGCACCAAAGUCACUGAAUUUGACUCACAAAUCCGACUAACUAAACUACACAUAAGAUAAGGCUCAGAAUUUUCUUCCUGAGAAGAAAAUUUUCAGAUAGAUAUUGGGUAAGAAGUUAUAAAAUAAA